UGAAGCAGUUCAUGUUGCAAUGACACUCGACAAAACAUACAUCAGAGGAUCCAUGGCUGCAAUCCUUUCGGUUCUCCAACACUCUUCCUGUCCGCAAAACAUAUUCUUCCACUUUGUCUGUUCCUCCAACGCGUCUUCACUACGCGCCGCAAUCGCUAGAUCAUUUCCUUACCUCAAAUUCCAAGUCUACAACUUCAGCGAUUCCGUAGUCUCGGGUCUCAUUUCCACCUCCAUUCGUUCAGCACUUGAUUGCCCUUUAAACUAUGCACGAAGUUACUUGGCUAACCUCUUACCACUAUGCGUUCGGCGAGUGGUGUACUUGGAUUCAGACCUCAUUCUUGUCGAUGACAUAACCAAACUUGCAGCAACACCAUUAGGUGAAAACUCUGUAUUAGCAGCCCCUGAAUACUGCAACGCCAAUUUCACUUCUUAUUUCACUCCAACAUUCUGGUCCAACCCUUCUUUGUCACUCACGUUUGCAAACAGAAAGCCUUGCUAUUUCAAUACGGGGGUGAUGGUGAUCGAUCUAGAGCGGUGGCGAGCAGGGGAUUAUAAAACCAAGAUUGAGGAAUGGAUGGAGCUACAGAAGAGGAUGAGAAUCUAUGAGUUGGGUUCCUUGCCACCCUUUUUGCUUGUCUUUGCAGGGAAUGUUGCUCCCGUGGAUCAUAGGUGGAACCAGCAUGGUCUCGGGGGUGAUAACUUUCGUGGUCUAUGCAGAGAUCUGCACCCUGGUCCUGUCAGUCUGUUGCAUUGGAGUGGCAAAGGUAAACCGUGGGUUCGAUUGGAUGCUAAUAGACCGUGUCCUUUGGAUGCACUUUGGGCACCCUAUGAUCUACUACGUACUCCGUUUUCUCUUGAUUCUUGAAGAAACUUUAUUUACAAACUUGGGAUCCAUAUGUAUAUGUAGUUUGUAUACAAUUUAAGCUCUCUCUCUUGGCGCUUUCAAGUCGAAAGAAGAAGAUUGAACGGACAAUAGUACAGUUCAAUAUACACGAGAGGAAGAAGGGCUUACCUUUUUGUAGAUUCACGCCGAUUUGAAGCAAACGUAAGGCAAAACAGAU